AUAAAACCGUGGGGGUGCAGAAUAGAUUAGCUCCUCUGGUGUUGUUGGCCUGUCGUGGAUAACCGGUCCGGCACAUCACCGCGGCGCUUGAAUGCCGCGCGGUCAAAAGUCACCGAAAGGUUGAGGGGUCACUUUGAAUGAAAAGCAGAGGGGAGUUGCUUCUCAUAGCCCCGGAGUCGCGCUGGGACAAAGAUGACUCGCACACUAAUGAAAAUGUGGCGCUUUACGUCUUCCCACCUGACCGUGGCAUCUCUGAGCUUUGUGUGAAUGAGGGAUGGUGGUAAAGUGACCGACGUCUAGACAAGGAGAACGUAAACAACACGUUUUGCGAUUGAUUCUCACACAUGAUGCGCCACACCCAGUGUUUAGUCGUCACCUAUCCAGUUUUACGCACCAGAGGAUUUUUUUUUUUUUUUUUUUGCUCUAUAUUUCACGAUUCAUUAAAACUAGUAAGCUCCGUGGCCUCGCGUAAAACACUUGGGAAAGCAGUGCGUCGCAGCUGAUCCAGACAGACUAGAAGCUCUUACAACAAGCACAGCUCUAGGAGAGAAUACCGAUUAUAGCCUUAUUUAUGGAUGACACCUCUAUAAAUUCUGUCUGGACACAUGAAACAUUGGAUUUCUCACCGGAAUGUUUGGCUCUGUGCGCACGGUUGUUGGGACAGCUUGCCAACAUGGCCCCACUUUUUUUCUUUGAUGUUUUUACAAUGUUUGUCCAGUUGCUUUGCGCAUGGUGCUCCUUCAUAAAAGUUUCAGACACUGGACGACCAUGGGGGCGGUCAGAGGGGCUGCCCUUUCCACCUCCAUUCACACUCUGAAAGGCUGAUGUUGCGUCUUUCACUCUCAUUGUGCAGUUUCGCUCGCUCAUUUUUUGGUGUUGUGGGGACAUCGUCUUAAAUAAGGUCUUUCCCAUUGUUUCGGUGAAGUUUUGUAUUGGUGUUUUGAAAAAACAAGGCAGACAAUUCAUGUAUUUCUUCACUCAUGGUUGGGAUAUUUUGUUCAGUUAACGUCCAGCGCGUAAGAAUUCGUCUUGAUCGUUGGGAAUGUUUUGUUAAUUUUGCUCUCUGCGCGAAACACUUUGGCUCUGGUGUCCAAGAUGUUUACGCACAAAAUGGAUGACCGGCUGUGAACACCGAGAAUGUUUCCUACCUUGUAGACCUGAAGGAGUUAUGGAACUGGUCGGGGACUGACUUUCGUAAAAGAGCAACAAUGUUUAAAAUUGUAUUGCAACAAUGGGAGGAAGGAUGUAACAACGACACACAUUGGCAAAAUGCACUUAACUCAAAUAAACUAUUUUUAGGAUGGAUUCAUGUGCUCUUGUUUGUGCUCUUGGUCUGCGCACUACCAGAAGUUUCCUUGAGUGCAAGUGUGGCAGGAUCCAAAGUUGAACAUGAAGGAGUUUGUCCAAACAAGCUGAAUUCCAAUCUUUGGGUUGAUGCACAAAGCACCUGUGAGAGAGAAUGCAACGUCGAUGAGGACUGUGCUGACUUUGAGAAAUGCUGCACUAAUGUGUGUGGCCUCAACAGCUGUGUGGCUGCAAGGUUUUCUGAUGGCCCCCCUGGCCAGCUGGAUGGACAGGGUGGAGGUAAGGGAGAGGGGGCCCCCAGCUCCACAGCUACCUGUCAAGGCUUUAUCUGCAGCCAGCAGGGCGCGACCUGCGACAUCUGGGAGGGCCAGCCCAUCUGCAAGUGCCAGGACCGUUGUGAGAAAGAGCCCAACUUCACCUGCGCCUCUGAUGGCCUCACCUACUUCAACCGCUGCUACAUGGAUGCAGAGGCGUGCAUCCGGGGGGUGACUCUGACUGUGGUUACCUGUCGUUUCUACCUUGCUGGACCCCAUACCAGUCCCCUGCCUCAGGAUACUACAGCUAACCCUACCCCCACAUCCUCCCAUGAGGACCCCAUGCCCCCUGCACUGUACUCCAACCCCAGCCACCAGUCCAUUUAUGUCGGAGGCACGGUCAGCUUCCACUGCAAUGUGAUCGGAGUCCCUAGGCCUGAUGUGACAUGGGAGAAACAAAGCGAGCGGAGUGAACGGCUAGUCAUGAGGCCUGACCAGAUGUAUGGCAAUGUGGUCAUCACCAACAUCGGACAGCUUGUCAUUUACAACGCCCAAGUGUGGGAUACAGGCAUCUACACCUGCAUCGCACGUAAUGCUGCAGGGGUGCUUCGUGCUGACUACCCACUGUCUGUCAUUCGCCGGGCAGAGGAUGACUUCUCUGAAGAUCCUGAGAUGCCCAUGGGGCGGCCCUUCUCGCCAGCAGACUGCCUGGCCGAAGUAGACCAGAGGGAGUGCACUGGAGAGCGUCAUGUGGACUGGUAUUAUGACAGCAAGCUGGGCACCUGCCUGGCUUUCAGCAACGGAGGAUGUGAGGACAGCCGCAACCGUUUUGAGACCUAUGAGGAGUGCCGGGCCUCCUGCCAGCACGAGGGGAGGGGCAUCUGCUCCCUGCCUGCAGUUCAGGGUCCCUGCAAAGUUUGGGAGGCCCGCUGGGCUUGGAAUUCCAUGAUGAAGCAGUGCCAAGCCUUUGCCUACGGUGGCUGCCACGGGAAUCCCAACAGCUUCCUCACCAAAAAGGAGUGCGAGGCAAACUGCCCAGAGCCAAAAAGUAAGCCAUGUAGGACCUGCAGGGUGAAGGGGAAAAUGGUGCCCAGCUUGUGCCGGAGUGACUUUGCCAUUGUGGGGCGGGUGACCGAGCUGAUUGAGGACCUGGACUCCGGGAUAGCUCGCUUCAGCCUGGAGGAGGUCCUCCGAGAUGAAAAGAUGGGCUUGAGUUUCUUUGAUACCAAACACCUGGAGGUGACGCUUGCCAAGAUAGACUGGAGCUGUCCCUGUCCCAACAUCACCGUGGAGGAGAGCCCUUUGCUGGUGAUGGGUGUGGUUCAGGACGGCAUGGCCAUCAUCCAACCAGAGAGUUAUGUCAGGCCCAUCAAUGAACGCCGACUCAAGAAGAUUCGUGAAGUUCUCAACAAAAAAACCUGUGAGACACUGUAGUGCUUCCUGGGUCUAGUGCUGCUUGCCCGCAGAGGUGUAUAGUAAUAAAUGGGCCUGUGGCUGCCAGUAGUUUCAGCUCUCAAGACAAAUGUGUGAACUGCAGCAAGCAACACUGGCAGUAUUUAAUAGUGGAACAUUUUUUAAAUCAAAUGUCAAAGAUUAUUAAGUAAUGAGAGACCAUUUAUGUAUGAAGUGUAUAACUGCAUACCACAUAUUGCAGCACAUUCCAAUUAGUUGGGCAAUGCCUCUUAUACUAAUGCUGUAAAGCUCUUCCUGAUUGUUGUAAAUAUAAGUAUUUCUCCUUUUGUUGUCUGUACUUUAUCUUAGUGAGAAACAGUAGCCAGAAUAUAAACCACACACUGGUCAACAUGCAAAAUGGCUCUCCUUAUGAGCCCAAGGGAAUAGAUGCCUUUAUCUCUUGUAUGCUUUAUGCUUUUCUAUAUUAAUGUAUCAUUUGUAUUGACUUUUUUAUUCAACACCUAAUAUGCAUAGGGCUGUUAUUGGUUCCCUUUUGUAAAGUAUGUUUUUCUGAUCUAGUGUAGUUUGUUGUCUCACAUUUCUCCCUCUGCAAAGCGUUCUCUUAAAUUAGUUUUAUUGAUAUUCUGCACAAAUUGGAAACAUAAAAAGUAGGUGGCUGUACUGGGACAAAUAUAACACAAAAGCAAUAUGAA